ACAUACUUUCUUUAUGAAUAAUCAUUAUAUCUAAAUAAUUACUAAUAUAUUUUAACAGUUAAAUUAGUUAAUAAUUAUUUCAUAUAUUUGUGACAUAGUGUCUGGACAUGACUAGCUGAAUUCGUUCAGAAACAGACUUAAUAAGGGUCCUACUAAACACUGCUAAGGACUGCUAAGGAACCACAAAGGACUACUAGGGAGGCACAAAGGACUUUAAAAUACCUCCUAUGGCAUUCUUAUAAUAUAUGAAGUGACAUGGCAUAGUCUUAGAGAGAUAACAUCAUGUCGUCGGAGGAUUGGAAAGGCAGCACUGCUAGAUGCCUACAGAAUGGUAUCUUCAAAAGUUACACAGCUGGUCUAUACACUGAUGUUGAACUUCAAGUGGAAAAGAAAACUUUCAAAUGUCACAAAGUGAUUUUAUCAGCAUUCUCUGAUUAUUUUCACGCCAUGUUUUCAAGUGGUAUGCAGGAGUGUCAGAACAAUGUUGUCUGUAUAAAAGACAUAAGUUCACUUAUCUUUGAAAAUGUCCUGUCUUUCGCAUAUUCAGGGGAAGAUUGUGUAACGAUAGAUAAUGCGGAGGAUUUACUACGAGCAUCGGUACUGUUACAAAUACAAUGUUUGCAAGAACGAUGUGAAAGUUUCCUGUUAGAACAGACAACUGCGGAAAAUUGUAUCGGAAUAUGGCGACUUGCCCAGAGUCUAAGCUGCGAACAGCUUAAAGAGACAUCCUGGGAGUUUAUACUUAAAGAAUUUGAAGUAAUUUCGCAACUUGAUGAAUUCCUUGCGCUGGAAAAAGACGAACUCAUAUCGAUAAUUUCAAAUGACAGUUUGACGGUGUCUAACGAAGAGAUUGUAUGUGAUGCAUUAUUUCGAUGGCUAGAGAAAGAUGAAGACAGGAUCUCGUACCUUGCCGACGUGUUUGAUCAACUUCGUCUACAGCAAGUCAGUCUUCAGUAUCUACUAGAGAAGGUGGACUUUAACCCGGCUGUAAGAAACAAUUCUACAUGUACUGGUCUGGUGAAGCAAGCACUCGACUAUCAUCUUUAUCCUGAAAGGAGGGAACUGUAUAAUAUACCACUUCGAUCUGGAACCAAAAUGGAGGUUAUUGUGUUGAUAGGCAAAACUCCACAAGGACGUGAGCAGAAACUAAUUGAGGUUUACUGUUACAGUCCGAUGGAGAGAAAGUGGUACACGAUGCCGACCCUGCCGAGUAACAUAGGUCGAUACUUCUCAUGUUGCGUGUAUGGUGACUAUAUAUAUGUAUCUGGCGGUACUGAACGACCCAUUGCCUGUUUGAAGCUGCAUAUAGGACGACGUGACUGGAUUCAUUGCAGAUCUAUGAACUUCGGGCGACUUCGGCACGCUAUGGUAGCUGAGAGAAAUGCUGUGUAUGUUGUUGGAGGUUUCGAUCCCAUAACUGACGUUACCUAUCACAGUAUUGAGAAGUACGAUAUAGCUCAGGAGACAUGGAAGGAGGUAGGGGAACUCACUUGUGCUGUUGAUGCUCUUUCCGCAGCUGCGUAUAAAGGUAAAAUAUUUGUGUUCGGAGGUUGGUUAAAAGAUUGUGAUCAUGCUGCCUGCGUGCAAUGUUUCGAUACAACAACAAACGAGUGUACAAUCAUAGACUGUCUACCUGAACCUGCGAAAUUUUCACGAUGUGUACAGGAUAUUGACGGUAAUGUUUAUAUAAUGUACCCAACAGGGGAGGUAAUCAGAUAUAACACUGAUACUAAAGAAGCCGAAAGAUAUGCAAAAAUAUCAGGGUUUAAACGCUACAACUUUGGACUUACCCUCUUUCAUAAUAAACUUUUUGCUUUCGGUGGUGAAAGUGAUGAUCCAACAGUAGAGGAAGGGACCGAACUCUGCAGGAACUUAUUUGAGCUUGAUUUGUCAUCAAGAACGUCGAAGAUGUACUCAGAUCUGAUGCCAAAUCCUUUUGAAUCAUAUGGCUCAGUUAGAGUUGUAGUUAACAGGGAUUUUUUGAUAGCGUACAAGAAAGAAAAUGGACCAAAACAAUAAACUGAAAAGAAAGAAAGACAUAUUUUUGUUUGAAAGCAUAUCCAUAAUGCAAUUCAAUAUUCAAUGUUGUGUGGAUCAUUUUGUAUUAAAGCUUCUUUUAGAACCUUGCAUAUAACAUUAUCAAGGCAUUGAAGACCUACAUGUAUAAUAAUAAUAAUAUCUUUAUUUAGAAAAGGUAACACAUUAAGAAUAUACAACAGCAUACCAUAUAUAUGUUAUUUCAAAUGUAUAAUAAUUGCAAGUAAUCAGAAUGAUGGUACUAUGAACCAAUGUAAAAUUUACCAUGAAAGCAAUAUUUUGAAUGUGGUAAACUUUAUUUUCAAAACUUUGACCCCAAAAAAAAAGAGAUACAGAAUGUCCAACAAAUAUUGCUUGUGUGUUUUUUUAUAAGAGAAAUUUUGUAUUUAUUUACUUGCCUAGAUAAAACAGACUUUUAUUCACGAGUCAGUUGUAACCUAGAGUGAAUUGUUGGGACUUUGACCUUUAGGAUUUUAAACAACCACCCUGCAGAGAUAGUUGGGAGUAAAAUCCAAAGUAAUUGCACUGCACUUAGAAGGAUGGUGUUACAGGGAUAACUAUAGACUAACUUGUGCAUUAAAAACAUGUGUGUUCCUUUGGUAGAAAGUGAUUAGAUCAUAUUCUUUACAGGCCCAUUAUGCCUCAGGAGUUCUAUCAUUUUUAUUUCUCAAAAACUGUUAACAUUUGGUAUCUUGUUACAGUUUCCAAAAACAUACUUUAUUCCUACAUAUGAUUAUAUAAAUAAAUUUUUGCAUCUUUAGUUCUGUUCGCAUUUGGAACUAGUAUUUUGUAUGGAAGUCAAAAUACUACAUGUACUUUGUUUACAUUUUAUUACCUUUACUGCGCCUUUUUUAUGCCCCCGCCAUGUAAUGGCCGGGGCAUAUAGUGUUACCCUGUUCCGUCCUUCCGUCCUUCCAUCAUUCUGUCAUUCCGUCAUCAUCAGUUUCCGUUCAUUAUCUUAAGAACGGUUGCACACAUUCAACUCAAACUUGACAUAUGAAUAUGUCAUGACAAAAUACAGGUCAAGUUCGAAUUUGGUCAUGGUUCAAUGAUUUUUGGCAGAGUUAUGCCCCUUUUACUUUGAAAAUAAUAUGAAAUUUCAGUUUCCGUUCAUUAUCUCCCCAACCGUACAACACAUUCAACUCAAACUUGACAUAUGGAUAUGUCAUUAGAAAAUACAGGCCAUGUUCGAAUUUGGUCAUGGUUCGAUGAUUUUUGGCAGAGUUAUGCCCCUUUUACUUUGAAAAUAAUGUGAAUUUUCAGUUUCCGUUCACUAUCUCCCCAACGGUACAACACAUUCAACUCAAACUUGACAUAUGGAUAUGUCAUGACAAAAUACAGGUCAAGUUCGAAUUUGGUCAUGGUUCGAUGAUUUUUGGCAGAGUUAUGCCCCUUUUACUUUGAAAAUAAUAUGAAAUUUUCAGUUUCCGUUUAUUAUCUCCCCAACGGUACAACACAUUCAACUCAAACUUGACAUAUGGAUAUGUCAUUAGAAAAUACAGGCCAAGUUCAAAUUUUGUCAUGGUUAGAUGAUUUUUGGCAGAGUUAUGCCCCUUUUACUUUGAAAAUAAUGUGAAAUUUUCAGUUUCCGUUCAUUAUCUCCCCAACAGUACAACACAUUCAACUCAAACUUGACAUAUGGAUGCGUCAAAAGAAUGCGCAGGUCAUGUUCAAAUUUGGUCAUGGUUCAAUGAUUUUUGGCAGAGUUAUGCCCCUUUCACUUUGAAAGUAAUAUGAAAUUUACAGUUUCUGUUCAUUAUCUACCCAACAGUGUUACGUAUUCAACUUAAAUUUGACUUAUGGAUAUGUCAAAGGGAUGGGCAGGUCAAGUUGAAAUUUGGUCAUGGUUUGAUGAUUUUUUUUGCAGAGUUAUGUCCCUUUCACUUUGAAAAUAAUAUAGAUACAUCUUAGGAAUAAGCAGUUUAAGUAUGAAUUUGGUUGUGGUUCAAUGAUUUUAGACAAACUUAUCUUUCCUGAAUGUUGGAAAAAUUUUGUACCUUCAGUUUCAGCACUCAUACUUUUAGCCAUUAUUUUGGCUACAAAUAUGAAAUAUGUUAUUUUUAAAAGGUUAAGACUGAAUAAUUUCAGUGUCUUGAACAUUGUAUGAAAAUGGUUUGUGUUAACAUUUUAAAGUUUUAAGGGCUUUGAACUUAAAAUGAAAAAAAUAAUUAAUGCACCAUCUGAAAUUUUGGCUGCAUGCGGGGGCAUCCGUGGCAUGAUGACACAUUUCUAGUUUCAAUUGUAAAACAUCCAAUAUGCACUUAAUCCAUUAUUUAGAUAUUAUAAUUAAACACGUUUGACAUUUUUAAAGAAUUAAAAAGAAGGAUUUCUGAGGCAUGAUGUGCCAGAGUUUUCAAGAGUGUAAAUGCAUCACUCAACAACUAUCUGACACAACUAUUAUCAUUUCAUUAUAAAAUUUGUUAUAUUUGCAUUAUAAUAUAAAAAAUGCAUUACUAAAUGUCAAGAUCUCAGUUUAUAAAGUAUUGUUAGGAAACAGAAAGAAAAACUUAAAAAAAAAGAUUUGUAUGUUUCUUUAUUGUUUCAACAUCAUUUACCUGUAUAUUGUUAAAAACUUAUAUUUUGAGUGUUGGCUAGAAUUCUUGAUACUGUGCAUACAUGUAUUCAUUGUUUUAUAUUAAUAUACGUUGUACAUGGAAGGAAAAUGAUCUGAUAUUUUGUACUUGUAGCUUUAGUUAAUGUCCAGGUAUCUUUUUUUCUCCAAUGAGAAAUCUCUUGCAGGGAUACAUGUAAGUCAAUAAGUGUUUCAAAUAAGUAACUAAGCCAAUUAAAAAGUUAAAGAUUAUAUAAAACAUUUAGAAUGUUUUUCAUGGAAAAAAGCAACCAAAAAUUAACAACAGUUGCCGGACAUACUCUUCAGAGUAUCAAGCCAGUGAUUAAGACUAGAUUUUUUGAGAAAACUACAUCAGUUGGGUGUAGAAUAGAUGUCGCCAAUAAUUUGCAUGUAUAUGGGAAAUUUUCACAAGAAAUAGUAUAAGAAUAAAUCGCUAACAAAAUGUCAUUUCUAUAUUUAGAAAACAUAAUUACUAAUGAUUGAACAUGCUUCCUGUUUUGAAUUUUUCUAUUUCUAGGUCACAACAUCUGAAUCGGAUACAAUUUGUUUACCCACUGUGAUACUAUUGUCUACAUUUAAAAUAAAUUAUGGUGUGAUUUUCAUUACUUAUAACCUAAGUUUUGUUUAUACCUCUUAGUUUGUUUGAUGCAUUGUAUGUUGGAAUUUAAGAAACUUGUUAAGCAUCCAUGUUGAAUUGUGUUGAAUUCAGGUAAAUAAGUCUUGGGGAAAGUGAAAGACAGCCAAUUGAUAAGUGAAAUUUGACUUAUAUUAGGGUUUUUUAUACUGCAUGUACAAACACCACUUCUGUUUAAAAUUGCUACCAAAUUUUUUAAAGAAAAAAGUCUAUAAUGUCUUUUAUUUUCUUUUUAUUUGUAAUUAAAUUUCAGAAAAUUUGCAUUUGCAAAAUAUGAAAAUAUAUAAGUAUUUGAUGCAGGUUUUAUUAGAUAUGACAUUUGAUGUUGAAUUGAUGUUUUGCACAGUUGUGUUUGUAGGCUACAGACAAAUCAUGAUGUAGCAUUCAGGUUGUUUUAUUUUGUUGUUUUCUUUUUAAUUAGUUACACUUUUGUUCUGCCAUUCAAGUUUUUUUACUGGAACAUCCCAUCUCACCAGGCCAAACACCACUAUAAUUUGGUUAGGGCAAUGACCACUACAUUAUUUGUUAAAUUUCAUGCUAAUAAUGUUACAUAAUUAUUUUCAAAAGUUGUUGAAUUACAAUUAAUUCUUAUUAUUGUAAUUUUUUGAUCGGUAUUAUUGUAAUUAUCAUCAUCCAACAUUACUGAUGAUGGUAAUAACAAUUUACUAGAUAUUAAAUGUUAUUUUCUCUAAAGAGUGACUACUUCACAUGACUGCUCAUAUUUACUGUGGUUUACUGAUUUAAUUAGAAAUUUAUCAAUGUAUAAUUUUGCAGGAUAACACACAUAUAAAGUUUCUAACAUGUGGUAAAUUAAAUUCUGAUAUAUGUACAUAUAUAUGCAUUAGUAAAUGAUCACAACAAAUAGCUAUGUGAUUUAUUAUUAAGUGUUAUAGUUAUAUUUGCAUUGUUUAUGAUUAAGAGCCUCUACUAACCUUGUACAAGGAACUAAGCAUAUUUAUUCAUGUUAACAGGAAAUGUGUGUAACUUGUCUUGACAGAAUACCUACUUACUAGAAAAUAAAAUCAUGAGUAAAUACUUGGAUAAAUUACAGUAUUGCAAUAAUAGAUUUAAGGAAGUUAUUUAUUGUUAAUCUUUUAUCUGGUGAAUUUAUUAAAUGGAUUUGUCCAACUUCCAUUUUGGCACAGUCCAUUAUCAAAUUUGAGGAUAUUAAGAUGAAAAUAAUAAGUUGCUAAGCCACCAGUAUAAACCUUGAUCAGACUGUCCUGAUAUGCAGGCUGGUCUGGCUCUAUACUGGUGGCAAUUUAGGCUCCUCACUUUCUGUUCCAGCAGUGGAAGAGUUAAAAAUUAAUAUGUGCUUUGCUAAAUUUGUAUAAAUGAGUUUGUCCUGCUUUUAACUUUAAAACAGUUCAUUGUCACUAUGAAGGAUUUUCAUAUCAAAAUUCUAAAAUUGAGUGCAAAAGAAUUUAUAGAACCUGGGUCCCAGGUUAUAUAGACAUAUUCCAAGCUUAAACUCAGAUCUUGGGUAUAUAUGAUUGGUUAGAAACUGGCACAGAAUGUGCACUGACCAAUGAAAAUCCAGAGAUCCUCGACGAAUCUCAGAAAGAGAUUACAUGUAUAACUUUAAGGACGGAACAGAUUUGCAAGCUAACCUGGCUGUAUGUUGAUGGGGCAGGGUGGUGAUUAUUGCCCCUAGCAAUAAAGGGAUUAUCACGUUGUUAACAGAUCAAGCAAACUGUGAUAUUGAAAUUAAUAACACAAAAUAAAUUACAAAGUUUUGUAAUGGGAUUGAAAAUUGUAUGUUACAAGAACAGGGAACAAAUUACAGGAAAAUCAAACUUUUUUCAUGAAAAAAUACAUAACCUUACAGAUGUUUGUUAUUGAAGUUUGUCUGCUUUCUUUAUAUUACACGGAACAAAAUUGACAAUUUUUUUCAAAACAUUUCUUCUCUGUUUAAUUGUAAUUAAUGGGUAAUGUUUCUAAACCUUAUUAUUAUUCUUAAGUCAGUUUGAAUACAAUUUACGAAACUAAGCUUUUCUUUUUUUUUACCAUGAAGCUGUAUAGUUUAUUUUACAAUAAUUAUUUUAGUUGCUCCCACAUUAAUUAUGCAACUUAAAGCACAACAUUUAGAUCAUGUACUGGAGGAUAUUGAUACUGUGUUUUGAUGUGGAGUUAACAAAACGUUCAACAGUGAAGGCUUAGAAAGGGAUAAAGUAGUUUAUAUAAAUGGAUAUUUAUGUCAUUUUUUUAAUUUUCUAUGCUAAAAUAGUUAAGCAAUUAUUUUCCUUAUAAAGAUGUGUUGUUUUUUUUUGUAUUAUCAGUUUUGUAUUAUUAAAAUUAGAUACUUUUGUUAUAGAAAUUUAUUUCUUGUGUUGCAAAAUAAAACAUUUAAAAUUGA